AGUGAAAUUAACCAUUAAGGAUUAUAGCCAAGUAAAGGAUUAUAUAGCCCACUGAGCCAUGGAUACUUUGAUGGUGCUCUGCUCCUUGCUGCUGCUGCUCCUCACAAAAAACGCUGCAGUCCUUGGCCAGCUGGACGGCAGCAGCCGAGGGAGUGGUAGCCCGCCGCCCGCCAGGAUAAACUCCGUCACUCCACCACUCCGCCUGCAGCCGUCGACGCCAUCAAUAACGCAUUUUGUAAAUGAGUCCUUCAUCAUCUUCUGCCAGACAGUACAAAAGGAUAUCGACACCAAGUGGCGUGAUCCCCGCGGACAGACCCGGGAGAACACCAAGGGGCGCGUCCACAUCGAGAAGAAGACGGGUUUACUGGCUCUCGUUUUUGAGCACAUCUCACUGGACGACAUGGGCAACUGGACCUGCGAGGUGAACAGCAUUGCUAAUGGAAAUCGGAAUGUGAAUGUUGAACGUGAAUUCUUUACCUCCUUCGAGCUGCUCGUAAAUCAGAAAAUCUCAUUUGGCAAGACGGAACAAGUGCAGUCGGUGCGCGAGGGACGCGAUGCAUUGGUCAAUUGCUUUGUGGAGGGAAUGCCCAAGCCGGAAGUCUCCUGGCUCCUCAAUGGCGAAUACAUAAACACCGUGAACUCGUCGAAGCACACUCGACUGUCGAACGGACUGUACAUCAAGAAUGUGAGCCAGUCGGAUGCCGGGGAGUACACAUGUCGGGCGUUGCGUAUAACACCGACUUUUUCGGAUGCCGAACAAAUAACGAUAUUGCUAAGGAUACAACAUAAACCCCACUGGUUCUACAAUGAGACAAUGCCUGUGCAGUUUGCCUAUGUGGGCGGAUGGGUCAACCUGAGCUGUGACGCAAUGGGAGAGCCACCGCCAUCGUUCACCUGGCUGCACAACGGCAAGGGAAUCGUGGGCUUCAAUCACCGCAUCUUCGUGGCCGACUAUGGGGCCACGCUGCAGCUGGAGGUGAAGAAUGCCACCCAGUUCGGCGACUAUAAGUGCAAGGUGGCCAAUCCGCUGGGGAUGCUGGAGCGAGUGAUACGGUUGCGGCCGGGCCCAAAGCCUAAUUGCCCAUCGCGCUUUGAGCUAAAGAGAAUCUACAGCCAUGGCUUUGAGCUGGACCUAAGGACGCCGCGGAUGAGCAAUGCCUCCGAGCAGAUGCAGAUCUAUGGCUAUCGGGUGGCCUACAUGAGCGAAAGGGAGUUCAGGUUCACUGCCAGCAACUGGAGCUAUGCCAAGCAGCGGGACUUUUCCUUCCAUCAAGGCCAGCACUUUCUCAUUCCGAAUCUGAUGGAGAACACCACGUAUCUGAUGAGGGCUGCGAGUCGAAAUCUAGCGGGAUUGAGUGACUGGAGCGUUGUGAAGAAAUUCACCACGGCCGCAGGCUGCAGCUGGAAUCCAUCGCUUCUAUAUCCCCUACUCGCACUUAUCCUGGCCUCCAUCUGGUCAUAGAGCCUGUCCCAAUUAUAAUUAUCACAAAGCCCAUACCCCACAUCCCUAGCUCGUUAUUGUUGCCGCUGAGUUUUGUUUUCUGUUUUUUUGUAUAUCUUCUGUGAUAGAACUUUGUGUGUGCAAUUCACUUGAAUAACUUAAAACCCAAAUGGAGAAACGGAUUAUAAGGCGAAUGCUUUUUGCUAUAUAUAAAAAAGAAUAUAUUAGUUACAGCCUAUUGCCAAUUUUUGCUGCCAACUUUCAUUCAUCAAUCGCAUUUUUUGUACGUUUUUUAAAAGAAACCCAAGGAAAUUAAAUUAAACAAAACGAUUUUUAGUAGGUGAGAGAGAGAGGGUGCAAUCCUUACGAUACAUACAAUACAUAUGCAUUGUCAAACUCUACCUUAUAGUUAAAUAUGAAAUGCCCAACUCUACAUAAAUGUUGUUCAAGCUAAAACGGAAAAAACUAAAACGAUAUACAAGUAAAACCCGAAGAAACAAAAAAGAUUAUAAAAAACAAAGAAAACUUUGAUGAAUUUUACAAACCACAAAACGAAAAAGUCCAAAUUAUUGAUUAUAAAUGAAACAAAAGGAAAGCAAAGCGAAUCAAUAGUAGAAAAUGGAUUGAAUUAGCUUAAUUGAAGUGGAAAACCCAAAAAGCGAGAAGAUAGAGAGAAAUGUGAAGCGAAUUCCCGAAUAAAAUGAAAUGUUUAGCUGGUAAGCAGGGCGUAUGAGUAAUAUGAGAAUAAAUUCAACUGAAUGUGUAUGUCGGA